AUAUGAGGCAAACUACCAUUGAUGAAAAUAGUCCAGCUAAAAAGGAGUUAAGGGAGCGUGCUUGUGUUGCCAUAGCACGAUGGAUGUAUGAUGUGGGAAUAGCUUUUAAUGCUGUGAAUUAUGAUAGCUUUGGGGAAAUGAUUCGAGCAAUUGGAAAUUAUGGAAAAGAAAUGAAACCUCCAAGUUUUCAUGAGGCUAGAGUUCGGUUACUUAACAAAGAAGUGCAAAUCAUAAAUGAUCUUCUCGAGUCUCAUAAAGAAGAAUGGGAAAAUUAUGGAUGUACAUUGAUGUGUGAUGGAUGGACGGACAGAAAAGGGAGAACCUUGAUUAAUUUCUUAGCUAAUAGUCCAAAGGGAAGUGUAUUUAUUAAAUCAAUUGAUGCAAGUGAUGAAUCAAAGACAGCGGCAUUGUUGGCUAGUUUGAUUGAGAAAGAAUUGAUGGAAAUUGGUUCUGAAAAAGUAGUUCAAGUUGUUACAGAUAAUGCAUCAAAUAAUGUUGCAACAGGGAGAAUAUUGGAAGCAAAUUUUUCUCAUCUAUCACUCCAUGUGCAGCUCAUUGUAUAGAUUUGAUGUUGGAGGAUAUCUUUAAGAUCCGUGUUUUCAAAGAAACAUUCCGC